CAGAGGGGGCGGGGGGAAAGGUGCGAAAGCGGUGUGGGAGCGCGGGGUAGGCAGCGGGUCGCUGCUGCUGGUCUGUUUGGGAAGCAGCGAGUGACCACCACAAGCAGAAGGGGAGAGCCCAGAGAGUAGGAGUGUGGGAGUCUAGGGCUGCCUCUGGGCAGUCUGGAAUAAUUGAGCAAAAGGGCCCUCGCGCGGCUCCAGGGAGCUGCGUAGGAGAGAUUUUGGAAGUCAGGGCAGCCCAGAACAAGGAGCCAGGGGUACGGGAGAUUAGGUUUGCGGGCAGUACAUGUCGGGCUUGGGGUGGCUCGUGGGUACUGCGUGGGAGAUCUUGGUUUAGAGGUUUCUGCAGUCUUGCCCUCGUUGGGUAGAAUCACACUACUCACCUUUAUACAAGAAACGGUGUCUCCUGGGGCAAGGAAGGAGCCAGGAUGGCCUGGGCUCUGAAGUUGCCUCUGGCGGAUGAAGUGAUUGAAUCUGGGCUGGUGCAGGACUUUGAUGCUAGUCUGUCGGGGAUCGGCCAGGAACUGGGUGCUGGUGCCUAUAGCAUGAGUGAUGUUCUCGCAUUACCUAUUUUUAAGCAAGAAGAGUCAAGUUUACCUUCUGAUAAUGAGAAUAAAAUCUUACCUUUUCAAUAUGUGCUUUGUGCUGCCACCUCUCCAGCAGUGAAACUCCACGAUGAAACCCUGACAUAUCUCAAUCAAGGACAGUCUUACGAAAUCCGAAUGCUAGACAAUAGGAAACUUGGAGAACUUCCAGAAAUUAAUGGCAAGUUGGUGAAGAGUAUAUUCCGUGUAGUGUUCCAUGACAGACGGCUACAAUAUACUGAACACCAGCAGCUGGAGGGCUGGAGGUGGAACCGACCUGGAGAUAGAAUUCUUGACAUAGAUAUCCCAAUGUCUGUGGGUAUAAUCGAUCCUAGGGCCAAUCCAAACCAGCUAAAUACAGUGGAGUUCCUGUGGGACCCUGCAAAGAGGACAUCUGUGUUUAUUCAGGUGCACUGUAUUAGCACAGAGUUCACCAUGAGGAAACAUGGUGGAGAAAAGGGAGUGCCAUUCCGAGUACAAAUCGAUACCUUCAAGGAGAAUGAGAAUGGGGAAUAUACUGAGCACUUACACUCAGCCAGCUGCCAGAUCAAAGUCUUCAAGCCCAAGGGUGCAGACAGAAAGCAAAAAACAGAUAGAGAGAAAAUGGAGAAGCGAACACCUCAUGAAAAGGAGAAAUAUCAACCUUCAUAUGAGACAACUAUACUCACAGAGUGUUCUCCAUGGCCCGAAAUUACAUAUGUCAAUAAUUCCCCAUCACCUGGCUUCAACAGUUCCCAUAGCAGUUUUUCUCUUGGAGAAGGAAAUGGUUCACCAAACCACCAGCCAGAGCCACCCCCUCCAGUCACAGAUAACCUCUUGCCAACAACCACACCUCAGGAAGCUCAGCAGUGGUUGCAUCGAAACCGUUUUUCUACAUUCACAAGGCUUUUUACAAACUUCUCAGGGGCAGAUUUAUUGAAACUAACUAGAGAUGAUGUGAUCCAAAUCUGUGGCCCUGCAGACGGAAUCAGACUUUUUAAUGCAUUAAAAGGCCGGAUGGUGCGCCCAAGGCUAACCAUUUAUGUUUGUCAGGAAUCCUUGCAGUUGCGGGAGCAGCAGCAACAGCAGCAGCAACAGCAGCAGAAGCAUGAGGAUGGAGACUCAAAUGGUACUUUCUUCGUGUACCAUGCCAUCUACCUAGAAGAACUGACAGCUGUUGAACUGACAGAAAAAAUUGCUCAGCUUUUCAGCAUUUCCCCUUGCCAGAUCAGCCAGAUCUACAAGCAGGGGCCAACAGGAAUCCAUGUGCUCAUUAGUGAUGAGAUGAUACAGAACUUUCAGGAAGAAGCCUGUUUUAUUCUGGAUACAAUGAAAGCAGAAACCAAUGAUAGCUAUCAUAUUAUACUGAAGUAGGUGGGAGGCAUUUCAUUCUCAGUGGCUGCUGGUUCCUUCACCUCUUGGAAACUCCCCUCUGGAAGGGGUCACACAUGGAGAUUUGAAGGUCUGCAGGAACCUGACCCGAGGGAGUCCAGGCCAUGGAGGCAGAAUCCCAGCCAUCUGUGUUGGCCCAGACUCUUGUGGCACACACAGAUAACUGCCCAACACACAUUUCUGCAGCUAUUUCUUAGUUAAGAUUUCUGGACCCUGUUGUUGAGUAUCAGUAGAAACUUCAUAUCAUUUGAGGUGUAUGUAGGGCAUAAUGAUGAUGAGAAUUGUGUGAUGUUUAAUGGAAAGAUGUUAAAUUUCGUGAUAUGGAGCUGUGUAAGUUUUUUCUAAUAUAAAAGUGAACAUCUAUAUUCAUAUGACUAAAUCCUUAAUCUCUGCAUCAAACAUGCUUGCUUUUUACUACAAUUGGCCUCUGAAAACCUCAUCGAAGAGGAGAAAUACAGAGAUAGAAUAGAAAUUUUCUUUUGGUUUCCCUGUAAUUCUUUGACUAAUAGUAAUUUUAGCUAACAUUUUUGGAGUAUUUAUUUGUGCCAAACAGUUCGAUAAAUUCUUUAAAUGGACUAUCUUGUUUAAAUCCUCUUUUAGAGGUGACUAAAGAUUAUUCUUGAUUGAAGAGGCAGUGGAGACAUGUAGUAGCUAAAUAGCUUGCUAAAUAACAGGCAGCUAGCAGGUAGUAAUGCUGAAAUCCAAACCCAGGCAGUCUGGCUCUUAUUAACUGCCAUCCAUUACUGCCCUUGCAGUACUCUGUGCUUGCCAUCAUUUCUUACUGUGGCUUCUCUGAUGAAUAGGAUAUGACACUGAAUGAGAACUGAGUAUUUAACCACUGAUAGGGACAAACCAAACCUAAAUAAUGGUGAACAAAUCAAGACCUACAAAAAAUGAAAACAUAAAUUCUUUUAAAGCAUCAUCAGAUGUCAGAUCACGGAAUUUGAGGUGGUAAAAACUAGGGUUUUCUAUAGCUCCCCAAAUUCAUUAUUCUUGAAUGACCUUCUCAAGCUAUUAAUGAGAAAGGCUACCCCUUAUUUUCUCUUCCCUCUCUCUACAUCUUCUCUUGGUAUCAGAAGUUCUUUUAGGCAUGUAAUGUUUUCUUAUUUAAGCUUUACAAGAUAUUCAUUUCGAUCCCAUUCACAUUCUUACCAUAUGUUUUCGUUCUUUGUAAAGAGUGAUUGCGUGUAUGUACAUGUGUAAAACUACGUGUCAUCUUUUUUCACAUGUAAGAUUUUAUCCAGAAAUCCCUUUACACAUUAUGUUGAGGUAAAAAAAAGAUAAUGUUCAAAGAUUAUGUAUUGGAUUGGGAUCUCUCGGUGGGUGGGUGGGUGUGUGCGUGUGUGUGUGUGUGUGUGUGUGUGUGUGUGUGUUUAAAGCAUUUGAUAAAGUUUCAAUGUUUUUAUACAGAGAUUUUUGUUCAUUAAAAUCAACCUGCAACAUGGUCUGAUUUCUUUUGGUUGGAAACAAAUCGAAAACUUUGAAACUGGAAAAUUAAGUCAAAAAACUAGCUUAAAACUGACCUGGGCAACUUGCCGUAUUAGGCCAAAAUAUUUUUUUAGUGAAUGUUACUAGAUAUCCCCAUUUUAGAAGGACAUUUGUGAUUUUAUUUCUAGAACUGGUUGUCAGCUUCUGGGAAAUCAGCUCUCUCCUCAGCAGGCUCCUAUUGUUUUGUUUUUUCUCUAUUCUGAGUGUUGUUAGGCUGGGAGGGUUGGACUAGAUUACUUUUAAGGUCCCUUCUGAAUCUAAAUCUGUGACUCUUGUUUACUGCAAAUGAUACAUAGAAUUCUAUUAAUAUAUUUACUAUAAAUUUACACUUACUAAUUUUUACAUGGAGUUAGGGGUUUUUUUUAGAGUAUUCAAAUUUAUAGAAAUGAGUUUUUACAGUUUUGUAAUCUCAGAUCCUUAAAUCAACAGAAAACCCCUUAGACUUUCUUAGGUCCAAAAAAUAUUUAUAGUGCCAAUGCUAUAUAAUUAGUAAGAAUUAGUAUAGUAAUAGAAUAUUGUGAUUAUUCAGCUUGCUUUAAAAAUUGCAUCUGUUCACAAUAGAAUAUUGUGAUUAUUCAGCUUGCUUUAAAAAUUGAUCAUUUCCGUUAAAUGACAGUUUAAAACCAGCUUUUUUGUUAUGAAAGUAAUACACAAGGUGAUAAAUUCAAACAAUAAAAAGGGUAUAACUAUUUCUCCUUACCUCCUGGUCCCACUCUUUAGCGGUAAUCAUUGCAAAAAAGUUUUCUCCCUCUUAUCUGUCUGUCUGCCUAUCAACCUACCUACCUACCUAAUCUGUUUUCUCUAUCUCUGACUCUGUCUCUCUCUCUCCUCUCUCGGUGGGCUCAUGUAAUACUAAGAAUCUGCAGUUUGUCUUAACAUCCUGAACAUCUUUCUAUAUUAGAAUUUAUAGCUCUACAUCAUUCUUUUAAAAAUGGCCAUUCUUUAUGGAUGCCAUUUAGGUUAAGUCCAUUUGAACAUUGUAUCUUCAUAAUUUUUUUGCAUGUAUCUCUUAAGAUAUAUUCCUAGAAGUAAAAUUUGCUGAAUUUUACCUUUUUAGCAAUGUGACAACUGAUAUUUAAAGUAGAUGGUGUACUGUUUGUGUUAGAGUGAGGGUACAUGAGAAGGAGAAUGGUUAGAUUUUAGGCCCUCCUGAGAAGUAGAGUAGCAUCUGUUUGACUUAACAUUGUCUGUACUGUUCCCUUGAAGUAUAAUAGAGUCCAUCUAGAAGAAUCUGCUGUUAAAAGGGAAUUAUUGGGAAAUAAAGGGGGAGAGGUCAUUGCAGGACUAUAAGAAUUGAGUACUAGUCACUACAUGAAAUGUGGCUAUUAAGUAAUAAAAUUGACCAAUAUUAUGGCCUGUUUGCCCACAUAAAUGAUUUCUUUAAGAAGCCGUUUAUAGGGAGGGGAAAUGGGAAUGGUCAUAUUGUCUGGAAAGAGAUUACAGUACAAUGAAUAUGGGACCACUGGAGUCUGAAAGUGAGGUCUACAUGAGGGGACAGAUGCUCUGAUUCCUGAAAGUCAGGUACUGUCUAUGUUGUGAGAGGUAGAUAAUGACCUCACCACUGCGAGUUGGAGGAGCAUGGGGAAACGGCAAAUGAAAGGCUUGGCAUAAUGGAACUAGCCAUUUCUAAUUUAUGCCUAAUGAAGGAGUGUUCUGAAAACUCUUUGUAUUCCCAUGUAUUCUGAGAAUAUUUUGUAUAGGGUUGCUGCAGAGAUUUGGGCUAUCUAGUAAACUACCAUGAAGGAUUGAAUGAGCUUCUGCACUCAGUUUUGAAAGUAACACAGAUUUGGAAUGCAAAUACUUGAAGUCAGGACUGAGCUGCUCCCUCUUCACUAUAGCUUUUGUCUCUGGCCAGUACCUAACACUUCCAGAUAGCUUGGGACUAGAGAGCCGAAGUUGAGUCAUUUUAUCAUUUUUCUUCCUUGGCCAUGGGUGGUUCCUCUAUAGGAAUUUAAUCUGUUAUGGCCUCUACUGUCCAUUAUGAGAACUCCAAUCUCAACAGGAAUGGCACUAAUGCCCCAACUAGUUGCAUUCUUUAUAUACUAAUUCAUACAGAGUAAUCCUGCAUCAUUCUUCUGCUUUUCCUAAAAAUACUCUAUUUUCUUAGUUGUACCCUAGGGCUUUUUUGUUAGAAUAUUUAUUUUUAGUUUACCAUUAAAGUUUUGUUUCAAGACUUAAAUGAGGAAGAAUUUACUACCACUGCAAAAUGGAACAAGCUAGAAAAGAUGCUCUAUGUAAUGUGAGAUUAAUGCCGUCAGUACCUGUUUUUUCCUUUAUCAUUAAUACUUUAUUUCUCCUUCAAGCUGCCUUUUUUUUAAUUUUUGCUUUUAAUGACUUUAUAUUUUACCUUUGACUUUCAACUUCCAUCUCUUACCACUUCCUUUUUCUUUCAGUUUUCCUCUUCACUUCCAGAUCUCCUCUGUGUUGUUCCUGAUGAACAUAGGCCUAUUCAACAAGUUACCUUGGAAAUUGCAACAAAGUCUAACAUUUUCUCAUUCAGAGAUUCAAAAGUUACAUAUGAAUUAAAUUUUCAAUGGGAUUAAUGUCAAUUAUAGAAACUUGCUAUUUAAAAAUAUUAGUAUAUUUAUUGUAUUGUACUGUUUUGUACUGUAUGGGAUCUUUUGGGACAUGAGUAAUAACUGAUUUAUCUAUUAUGUGAAUCUGUUUUCAUAUAUUUGCAUAAGAUGAGGUACACAUUCCUCAUUUUAAUCACUGCAGAUUCCUGUUUUCUUUCUGAGUUCUAAUGUCUGAUUUUUCAUUUAAGGAUUUAGUUAAUAUCUUUUUCUAGAGAUCUUUAUAACUUUACUUCAGACUUCCACCUCCUUUAGGCUUAUUAAGGUUUCCCUCUUCUAAACUCACCCCUACACUCUACCCCCUCAAAUCUCAUUGUUACUUUCUUUUACUAAUAGGGUGUGUGUGUGUGUGUGUUAUGUAGAUCAAUCUCUGUAUGUCCUUUUUGAAACCUUUGAUAAAAACAGCUUCUUUGGUGUUUGUGCUUUUAAA